CGCCCCACGCCCGCCUCCCGCUCGCCCGCGUCCCCUGGGCGCAGGGCCGCGCGUCCAGCCCGGGCUCGCUGGGGUCCCCGCUGCCCGGCCAGCUCGGGCGGGUUGCCACGAUGGAGGAGCCGCAGCGCGCUCGCUCUCACACCGUCAACACCACCACCAGCUCCUUCGCCGAGAACUUCUCCACCACCAGCAGCAGCUUAGCCUACGACCGUGAGUUCCUCCGCACGCUGCCGGGGCUCCUCAUCGUGGCGGAGAUCGUACUGGGAUUGCUGGUAUGGACGCUUAUUGCUGGAACUGAGUACUUUCGAGUCCCUGCAUUUGGCUGGGUCAUGUUUGUAGCUGUAUUUUAUUGGGUCCUCACCGUCUUCUUCCUCAUCAUCUACAUAACCAUGACCUACACCCGGAUUCCCCAGGUGCCCUGGACCACAGUGGGUCUGUGCUUCAAUGGCAGUGCCUUUGUCUUAUACCUCUCGGCUGCUGUUGUGGAUGCUACUUCUGUCUCCCCGGAGAGAGACAGUCACAACUUCAACAGCUGGGCUGCCUCAUCGUUCUUUGCCUUCCUGGUCACCAUCUGCUACGCUGGAAACACAUAUUUCAGUUUUACAGCAUGGAGAUCCAGGACCAUACAAUGAUUUACCAUUUUGAUAAUUAAAAGGAAAAAAACCAAGAAGAAUCUCACUGUAAAAACAGCUGUAGGUAUAAUGUAUAUUUCCAGACAAUAGUAUUUAACUAAUGUCUUUUUUUUUUGAUACCGGGGAUCGAACUCAGGACCUUGCUCUUGCAAGGCAGGCAAUGGAACCACUGAGCUAAAUCCUCGGCCCUAACUAAUGUUUUUAUAUACUUAGUUAAAUUGCUUUAUUGUGGUUUGUUACGAUUAAACUGAAUACUUAUUUACAAAGUGCUAUAGCUUGUAGUGAACUCUUAAAUAUCUUGCUGAUGUCUUUAUGACCUUAUUUUCUUAGAUAAUGCAUAAAUAGACAAAUUGCUGAUAUUAAGAAUGUGUCAGGUUUGUAAACCUAACUUUUAAAAUGUCAGAUUCUUUUGUGAUUAAAUGUUGUAAAAUUUCA